AUGGACGCCCAGCUGGCUUUGCGAGGAAAGAGGCAGCAAGCCCCUCAAGCACAGCCACGAGGGAUGCUAGGGCCAUCAGUUGAGAAGUUCUACCUGGAAGGUGUUGACACGUCCACAUCCACGUUGAAGCGAAAACACUAUCGUAUGCCACGCGAAGAGGUUAAAAUGCCCAUUGUCGCAAACAUGGUCAUCGACAGUGAGCAGGGGAAAGUCGCCCUCGCCCUGCAAGCGGUGCGGAGCGACGGAUUCUCAGCUUGUUCAGGUGAAUACGAAGGCGAAUACGCAGGGACAAUCUCCAUGCUUGGCAGCAUGAACUUGGAGAGCUGCAAUUCCGCGAAUGGACAGACCUACACCAUCCAAGGCCUGCUGCCAGUUCAGGUGGCCUACGGUGUUUCUGUCACCUUGGAGAUUCGUCGUAUUUCUGAGGGUCGAGUCCAGGAGAGAUUUUGUUUGAUGCUCAAGGUGGCUUCCUAA